UAUACCAAACAAACUCAAAUGUCGCUUGUGGCUGAUUAUAGCGAUUCAUCUGAUUCUGAAACUAGCAAUGAAUCGGAAGCAGAAGUUAUUGGUAACGCCCCACUAGCGAAAAACCAAAAAGCCUUGCCGAGCGCAAAUACCGUCUUAGCUAACGUUGGUUGCAAAAAGGCAGGGGAGGUGUUUAGUAAUCCAUUCUUGGAGGCAGAGCUCAACCAAACAGCGUCGCUGGAACGGCACGUCAAAAUGGUUAACUCUGACACGCAUUUGCAAUUAAAGAAUGGAAAAAAGAUUUGCUGGAACUACCGGAAAGGGCGUUGCAGAUUUGGUACCAGCUGCCAGUAUGCACACGAUUCGGAUUUGUCUACGACUGAGACUGCUACGAAUGAAGCAAGUUUGGAUGUUUCAAAAUCUAUACUAACAGCAUCUCCAACGACAACAGCAACUUCCGGCAGUGUUGUUCUUAGCAAACGUAAACGGCCUGGUCUGAGUGAUGGUAUAGAGCCGAGCAAGCGAGUCAUGAAAUCUUACCAGCAGCAUUCUAAAUGAAUAUGUUAUCCUUUUGUUUA